ACCGGCAUGUGGCAGUUUUUAAUACAAGAGUGACAGUUGAAACACCAACCGAAUCAGCCAAACUACGCUAAGGAACCAAGCUAAGACAAUAAGCUUGCACGUGCCAAUCUUGUAAAAUCUACCAUCAAUCGCCAUCCAUUACCUCUCAUGGAAAACGAAAGCAACCAAGAAGAUAACGCAGCUGUAAUAUCAAAAUCUGCAUCCACAUUCACUGGUCCCUGUAGCCUUUCGUGGUUGUUGAUUAGGAACGAUCACGUUGCGGCGGCCAAACAUGGCAGGUACACUAUAAUACACGCUAUGCAAGUAACAAGUCAUGCUCCAAACGAUAUUUAUGUCGGCACAAUUGUAAAUUUUAAUAUUCGUGAUGAUAAGGUUACGGGUGAAGUAUUAUCAGGAGCGGAUGAAAUGCAUCUGGUCAACGACGAUAUGAAGGAAUGGGUAGAGAUGGAUCGAGCAAGUAAUUAUUUACUAGUGCAAUACCGACCAGCACCAGAUCAUUUGGUGCACAGAAUUUUGAGCCAAGGCGAUGUGACUCCGGUGACGUUGGGAGAGUCGAAAAUAAGCAACAAGGAUGUUUUUGUUAGGGAUGGCACGAAAAUGUGUCAGGCCCUUGUGUUGACGAAGAACUUCAGCUUGGACGCAAUAGAGAAUGAAUUAUGUAAACUAAAAACAAAAGCAAACGAAGCGAUACGUACCAGCUUUAUACAUAACACCCCCCUUGAAGACGCCACGAAGGAUCCAGAUGACAAUCUGUGGGUUCUUCUACAGUAUAGCUAUACUCUAUCUGACUGUAUUUAUACCAUUGUGAGAUACUCUGAUACCGAAAAUCCACCCUCUAACAUGUACCCAAGCGUGCAGACGUAUCUGAAUUUGAAUUUAACGAUGAUUCAAGCAAUGAUUUUGCACAAAUCACAAAAUCCUUUGGACUUGAUGAAGGCAAUGAAUAUGCUAGCGAAUUCCUGCCAGAUAUCGAUUUAUCCACAAUCUCGGGAUUUAGACUUCCGCAAUGCAGAUCUGGUCAAAUACGAGCACCCCAACUUACAUCCACGCCCAACAUACACUUUUGGUAAGGUCUCCAAAUCGGACAUAGCCAAGUGUGGCAUGGUAAAGAAAUUAAUAGAAAAAGAAGCCAUUGUGAUUUACGAACUACUAGAAAGAAUGGAGACAACCGAAGAAGAAAUGGAUCGUGUGUUGAGGCAACUAACCCGAUUGCGGCAUCGUGUUGGAAUCUAAUUAAAUAUACUCGUACAUGUUUUUGUAGUUGUUAUAUAUAUGUUAGUAUGUAUUAGUUUGAAACGACGAGCUGUUACUUGAAAAGUGAUGUGAACUCAUUUGUCUAGUGAUGUAUGUAUGUUCUUAUUUAUUAAGACUAAUUGAAUUAUAAUUUUAAUAAACUAAAAUUUUUUAAAUUCAUUUAA